GGCAGCAAGGUGCUCAUCUGACGUGCCGACGUCACCGGGUCUUUGACAGCACUUCCUGGAGUGGUGUUUGUUGUGGGAAGCGGCCCCGGUGCUGCUGAGCCGAACUGGGGAAUUAGGCCACAUACAAGGCAGGAACAGACGCGACACGCCGUUGCUUCGCUCAAACAUGCGGACGCCUUUGACCGCCACCAGAUAAUAAGGACAGAGGAGAGAAGAGCAAAAGGGGGGGACGCUGGAGAGUCUGAAGGACGAGGUGGAAGAGGGAAAAACAUAUCCUCAGAGCUGCACAGCAGAGCCGCCGACAGCACGGAGCUGUCGCGAUGUUGUAACUAAACCAUGGACAGCAGGAUAAAGGAGAACCCAGAAAGAACAUUUGAUCUGGUAGUACAAGUGGCGUGCCCAUCGUCUGAAAAUGAGGAUCCAACCGUGCUGUGGAGCUUCCCCCAGGACCACACAGACCAGGAAGUUCUUCAGACAAUACCUAAGUUCUGCUUUCCCUUUGACGUGGAAAGGGUUUCCCAGAAUCAGGUGGGGCAGAACUUCACCUUUGUUCUCACAGACAUCGACAGCAAGCAGAGGUUUGGUUUCUGUCGACUCACCCAAGGUUGCCGGGUCUGCAUAUGUCUCCUCAGUUAUCUACCAUGGUUUGAAAUCUACUACAAGUUGCUGAACACACUGGCUGACUACUUAACAAAACAGCAGGAAAAUGACUUGAAUGACUUGCUGAAUUCCCUCUAUGAGCUGCCUGUGCCAAAGCCUUUUACACCAGUCAACUUGAGUGUGAAUGAGCGGUUGUGUAUUGCCACUGGGCAAGUACUGAGAGAUCAGCCAAGCAAGGAGCCGCACUCCUACUUCAUCGCCCCGGAUAUCAAUGGACUGCCAACUAUCCCAGAGAGUAGGAACCUAACGGAGUACUUUGUGGCUGUGGACAUCAACAACAUGCUCCAACUCUACUCCAGUAUGCUGCACGAACGGCGCAUCAUCAUUACCUCAAGGAAGCUUAGCACUUUAACUGCAUGUGUCCACGGUGCAGCGGCUUUGCUCUUUCCGAUGUACUGGCAGCACAUCUUCAUCCCGGUUCUGCCUCCGCAUCUUCUGGACUACUGCUGUGCUCCAAUGCCAUACUUCGUGGGAGUUCACUAUAGUCUGCUUGAGAGGGUACGCAGUCGAUCACUGGAGGAUGUGGUCAUUCUGAAUGUGGACACAAACACCCUGGAGACCCCGUUUGAUGACCUGCACAACCUACCCAGCGAUGUGGUGUCCGCUCUGAAGGCUAAGCUGAAGAAGCAGUCCACUGCAACAGGUGAUGGCGUGGCCAAGGCCUUCCUGAGAGCGCAGGCCGCUCUGUUUGGAUCGUACAGAGAUGCGCUCAGAUAUAAACCUGGAGAACCAAUCACAUUCUGCGAGGAGAGUUUUGCCAACCAUCGCUCGAGUACGAUGAAGAACUUCCUGUCCAUGGCUGUCAACCUGCAGCUCUUUAAACAGUUCAUCGACGGACGGCUGGCCAAAUUAAACGCAGGCCGCGGCUUCACCGAUGUGUUUGAAGAAGAGAUCACAGAGGGGGGCUUCUGUGGAAGUAAUUCAAGGUCCUACCAGCAAUGGAUGCACACUGUGAAGAGAGGAGGAGCAUUUUUCAACACAGCUGUGUCAAAGGCCAAGGUUCAUGCCAGGCGGGGCAUUCGGGACAUAAAGGGCAGACUUAAAGCAAGGGAAGACGAAGAAGACGGGAUGACAGUCCGUCCAGGGUCUCCCACCAGCACCAAGAGCCUGUCUCCAAGGAGACUGCAAAAGAUGAGACGGCACAACUUAAACAAGUCUCCCAUGAGCAUGGGCCCUCGAGAUCUCGGCUACGGUCUCGACGAUGAUGAGUUGGACACUGCGAGCAAGAUCUCCUCUGAAGACAGCGGCGAGGUCUGUUCGUACACAGAAGACAGCGACGAUUCGGACUCCUUCUAUCCACACAUCGACUCGUCGCCUUCCAGCCAGAUGAACCUGCUGGAGGAAAUCCUGGACUCUCUGACCACCACAACAAUGGACCAAGGAAAACUCAGUGCUGCCAAGAGCUUGGACUUCUUAAGGUCCCUGGAUGACGUGGACUUCAAGGUCCAGUCAAAGCCUUCACCUUGCAGCGACUCCGCAGUUGCAGACAACAGCAGCUUUGAUGGUGGCGCCGAUCACGGCGGAUGGAACAUGGGCCAGGAUGACAGCGCCGUCCAUGGAAAACACCUUCCUCCGUCCCCACGCAGGCAGCCCAACAAGAGUAGCCUGAAGGGGUCCAAAAACCUCGCAGCCUUCUCUGCAGUGACCCCCUGCUCAGCUUCACCUCCUUCCCAUGAUGCCAACGGCACCAAGUCAGAUCCUCCUCCCCUCUUCUCCUCUAAGUCCAGUCCCGAUUCCCACCUCCUCAUGCCUUCGGGUCGACCCCCAGGAGACCACCGGUUCUCCUAUUCCCCCCUGCUGCCCCAUAAAGUUACACCCCCAUCCCCACCUGCAUCUCACCCAGACUCUUCUCCGGAACUGACCAGCCGGAGUCGCACCAUCUCAGACCCUCAAGUCAACUCUGAGCCCUCCCAAACCCGGAACCAAACCGGGUCCACCGGCAUCCUGAGGAGAAAGGUCAUGUCCAAAGAGAUGGUGAAAAACUACCACGAGCGGUCGAUCCGGAGGGAGCGCAGCAGAGAGAGCAGCCAGGUCCAGGUCCCCUGGAAGAAGGAGGAGGAGGAGAAGAAGGAGGAGAAAGAGGCUCCCAAAGACAAGCUGCUGGGAUUGGGUCUGUGUCUGGGUCAGUGUGAAGGCUCGGAGUCGGCUGGAGGGUCGGACCCGGGCCUGCUGGAAGAGAUAGAGUCCAUGUGUUGCCUCAGCUCAUCGCUUCGCCUCUCUCAAGUCCACUGCAGCAACAGCCACCAUCAGGCCCAAGGAAAAGCCACAGAGAAGUCCUAAAGACGACAGGAAAAGGAAAACUGACUCAGAUUCCUGUCGUCUAUUACAGCUGAUCAGCUGAACCCUCCAUGAUAAGGGAACGUUAUGAACAAACCUAAUAAGAGCCAAAACAAACAAAAAGCCUCAGAGCAAAGAGCUGGUCACGCUGAAAGGAAGCACUGCAGAGUCCUCCACCUGUCCUCCACCUGUCCUCCAUCUACUGGAAGGAAAUCUUGGUCAAAUAAAUUAGUUUACAGCAAGAAUACCUAAAAAAUGUUCAAAAAGUGAGUGAAAUUAUAACAAACAUUAAAUUAUGAUUCAAAUCAGGAAAACAUACAGUUAAAAGGUGAAAUAAAUUUAAAUGUUCCUACAUUUGUUAGAUAUUAUUAAUGUUAAACUUAAUCUAUAAGACAAAUAAGAUGCAUGAGAAGAGGUGGAGAUUUCUGCGUCGCUUUCAGUUCAGUUUUCUUUAUCUGUCUGCAAAAAUCUGAACACUAGAGAUGCACUGAUCACCAUUUCCAUGCCGAUACCGAUUUCUGAUCCUCCUCCAGGUCUGAACUGCCGAAACAAUUUCUUUAUUCUGAGGACCAUAACACAUAAAAGAAAAAUAAACAUGCUGCAGGUUAUUUUAUAGACGUACUAUUAAAUAUGGCUUAUUGUACUUUCUGCUUCAAAGCAAAUAUAACUAAAUAUUAUCUGAUUUUAAUAAACUAAAUGUGCAUGGUUAUCGGUUGAUGUUUAUGGACUCAUUUUGGUGGACGUUCGUACAUUUUGUUGCAUUCAAUGAAUAGAAAAUCUCAUUUUUGAGUCUUUGGGCUGAAAAAUUGGCUGAUUUCAACGUUCAGCUGGUCGAUCGGUGCAUCUCUACUGAGCACUUUAGCUUCAUUUAUUUAAUGUCCGUACCUUGUAAGGAUUUCAAAGGGCCAAUUUCUCUUAAACACAACAUCAUGUUUCUUUGACAUUGAAAUGUUCAUAUUAAAUAAACAUUUCAUUUAGUCUGAAAUGUUCAGAAGCGUUCUGAACAUUUCAUACUAAACAUUUGCACCCGUGGAUUAAUUUAUGAUUAUCACCCAUUAUUACCUGGUACUAAACUGCAAAACCAGCAAGAUGCACAAUGUCCAUGCAGGCCUUUGAAACUGAUUAAACCUUGUUGGAUUCAUGAUUUUGGUCACUAUGCCUUAAGCAGACAUGUGAUUUGUUUUGAUACUGAUGUCUUAAACUUUAGAAAUCACUGCAGGUACUUUCUAAUCAGGAUCCUAAAUACAGCAGUUCACAUUCAUAGAGAAGUAGAUGUUCUUGAUGAGCUGUGUGUUAUUUUUGUGUUAACGUUACUCCUAUCUGUUAAGACUAAAUACCUGAUGAAGCAAACCAUCGAAUGACUGAGAAAAGCCAGAGUUUUUACUUCAUUUCUUUUUCUUUAUGUUUCUGUUUCCAUCGGCUUUUUGCUACUCUUGGCAUGCUUCUCAAUGCCGGCUUUACAAAUUGAGAACAGUUGUUGGCGAACUUUGAAGGAUGUUGAUGAAUCCAAUCCCACAAACGGUCCAAAACAAGCUCCGUUCCCGUUAUUCCACCUCUCUGUGCUUUUUCCUUAACCUCUGUGUGGCACUUUGCCUUAAGGCUGUUUACGUUCUGAAGAUAUCAACCACAAAAUGGGUCAUGAAUAGCAGGAAUAUGUCGUGUUGAAGUUUUUGGAAGAUUCAUUUUAACUGUGUGGAAUCUUUCUAGUAUUUGUUGACAGAUAUCAUGCUUAUGUUUCUCCUUUUUUGUCUUUUUUCCUUUCUUUGUGUUUUAAUAGGAAAUGCAACCUGUGUCUGACUAGGAAAUGCUCUGCACUGUACUGCAGUGGAGGACGAUUGUACUGUAAUGAAGCAAUAUGCUGCAGGUCUUUGAGUCGCUGCAUGGAUGUAAUGUGUUCAGGGUCUAAAGUAUUUUUAUAAGCAUCUCUCCUGUGGAGAGAAGCAUCAGCAUCCAGGGAUCCCGGCUUCGUGUCGUUCUCUGCGUCACCACAAACCCAGAGGAAGAGAAAACUCUUUCUCUUGCUUGGGUUGGGAUUACUACAUUUAUGGUCCGUUGUUCUUAUGAUUUAUGCCAGACGCCAGUCGGUGUGGCAGUUUAAUAGCGGCUGUUUCUCCACUUCUCGAGUGCUGCUCUGCGUUAACGAUUUGCCCAUAAAGUCUUUGGCGUGCUUCUAAAAAGCUAAAAAGAAUCAGUCAUGGUAAUUCCAGGAAUGGUUAACGACAAAGAAAAAUACAAAGUCCAGAACAAUUUCUGCACUGGCCUCGCUCACUGUAAACACUUUAACAAACUUGUGUACUAUGCAAAUAUUUAGAAAUCUCAACUCGGCUAACUGGGAUCUUCCCAGUCAGGGAUUAUUUUCGUCCCUGAUAGCAAUCAGGAGCUUAAGAUUAAGGCAUUUGCUGCCACAGAGUCUGAGCCCAAUAAGUCUUGAAAUAAUAACACACACACAAGCUUAAAAAUACUGAUUCGGUUUACAUUUGUUUUGAGAUUGUAUCCAACAUAACUCACUCAUCAAUGAUGUGCCAGACAGCAACAGCGAUUUUCAUCCAACCAGAUCUUAAGCAUCUGUAAUGAACUCAUGUUUUACUCCUGCUUAUGAUAGCCAUUGUUUGGCCCAAUGAUGCUAGGCUAGCACUAGCAUGUUUACUCUGGUUUAGUAAUUCAUUGAUACAUUUGACAGCUAUCCAAUCCCAACUAGAUUUUGUUGAUGAGAUCUGACUCCAGUCACUGUUACAGAAGUUGACAAAGCCACGUCUUGCUCCUGCGUAUAUCUGAAGGACUUCAGACGGUUAUCUGAAGUCCUGAAGCGCUCGGCUAAAGCUAGCAUGUUUACUCUUUCUUUGAUAUUAUUAUUUGUUAGUUAGUCUUCAGAAAAUUCUCAUCUUGCUCUUGGUAAUGAGCUCUUCAUGUUGAGCAGUUUGCCAGUACGGUAGGCUAAUGCCACCACACUAGCGUAUUUAACCAGUCCUCUAAAGCUGAUUCUGAAGUAAUUUCUGACUGAACUUGCUAAAUGCAGCUCACAUUUUAUUCCUGCUGAUGAUUUUUUUUAUUGCAUAACAGUUUGCUGAAGUGCUAGGCUACUGUUAGCUGGUUUGCUCUUUGUUUUGAUUCGACUUGAGUACAUGAAACAUAUUUCAUCCCUUUUUGAGUUUGUAAAGUUACAGCUACUCUCUUCAAUAAAAUCACAUCUUGCUUAUACUCACAACUUUUUUAUGCAAAGAACUUGGACGUGCUAGGUUAACGCGUGCAUAUUUUCUGGUUACAUAUUUGGAGGUGUUGACAAAAUAACUUCGAGUUUCCCUUAAACAACAUUCAUUUUAAUGUCUUGUGUUUCUGCUGUUCUUAACUUGGACAGAAGUCUGUGCAGCACACAUAACGCAGACUGGAACAAGCAGCAGCCAGUACAGUCUCUAUUUAACUCUGGACAUCAUUGCAAAGGUUGAAAGGCGCUUCAUUUUCAAGAUUAAAACUGUUUCGCAAAUUGUGCACGUGAAAAUAGGGGUUGAGUUUUAAAAAUCAGCAGCAUGGUGGUGUCAGGAGUUGAGUCGGUUACAGAUUACAAAGACAUCCCUCUUAAAAAAAAAAAACUUUACCCUGUGUGAGUUGACCUUUACGGAUGUAAUGUGUUGUGUGCCUUAUGCAGAAAGUACCCCUCUGUGUAAUCACAACAUGGUACUAAUUUCCAGACCAACUUUAUUGUGGUAGGAACAGAGUAUGUCGGGUUUUGAUCAACAGAAAAUCCCCCGAAAUGAACUCUGGUGUCUUUACUCACAGCUGUGGUGAGUUUUAGUUUUUUUUCUUUUCUGCGUUGGGGUUUGGAAAUCUUCCUGCUCAUAUUUAAAAUAUAACUUUUUUUUUUCUUUUAUAAACUGAAUACUUUCUCUGAUUGUACUCGUAGGUUAAUUGCUUGUAUAGUUUGUGUGCAUUUUUUAUUUCACUUUAACAUCUUCCUCUGAGUGGAUUGAAUUAAAAAAAUAUAUAUAAUUUUUCUCUAGUUGAUUUCAUAUGGAUAAAAAAAAUUAUUUUCAAUUGAAUAGAUGUGUAUUUUUUCUUGCUUGAAAAUAUUUUACAUGGAUUAAAUAUAUGUAAAAUGGAUUAUAUAUAUAUAUAUAUAUAUAUAUAUAUGAUAUCUAUGAAAUAUACGUUUAUGAGUGGUGUUGUAUAUUGUAGAGAGAUGACACCUGAGCUUUGAAUGUUGGAGAUUUUAUUUUUGGAAAACGAAGAGAACAUUAAGAAAUGUCCCAUGUAGCUGUGAUGACGAUGCAAAAGGACGUGAUGACUUCUGCUCAGAAGAAACGAAGGCUGAUGGUUGUCUGUACGUGAUGCAGUGAUCACUGUGUGUAACCUGCAUGUUGGUACUGUACACGCUGUUGUGUAUCUGUCCUGUUGGUACUCAUUUUCUUUCAGUAUUUAAAGCCUCCAUGAAAUCCGUGUAAUUCUCUCUGUGCUUCACAUUAAAUUAGAAGUCGUCUGCUACACAUUUGUCCUGUCGGGAAACAGAUUUCUGCUGUUUUCUUGUUCUGCUUUGCAUCAGAUUAGGGCGCGCUGUGGGAGGACAGGCCCACUUGAAAAGCUUUAGUGACUUAGCUCCUGAAACGGUGAGGAACCGAGACGGAUGUUGCAUUUCAGGGUUAAGAUGACACUGUGUAACGCUCACAGUAAUAAUUCUAUUAGUUUUUGUUUUAUAAUUACAGAUUUGGAGUGAGAGGGAGGGGAUGUCUGAUGUAGCAGCUUUCACUGAAUAAUGGACAAAGUUAGCAAACAUUAAUGUCAUUUUCCUGUCUGUAUUUGAAGCCAGUGUCAGUGUAAUGACCGUCAAGCUGAAUGUUACAGUCAGACUUUCUCCAGACUGGCCUCUUCAUCAGGACUAACUCUUUGGUAUGAUGUUUUUGGUUUUGUUUUUUUCUCUCAAUUAUUUUUUGUAAUCUAUUUUUUUUAUUAUUUUUUUGAUGGUGUGCACUUUUGCAUGUGCUCAUCUUUGCUGUCUCACAGCUGAGGUCAAUUUAAUGUGCUACUGAUGCGUAACCUGGUACAAAAGCACACAAUGUACACACUGUGAACGGGAAAUAAAUAAUGUUUCAUGCUC